GUUCCAUCGGUCUCGACGGGAUUUCUCAUCUUUAUGCUGUUGGAUGUGGCUUUCCAGGUGUUCCAGGGUUUCCUUCCGCAGCAAUCCGGAAUUGCUGUUUUAGAAUUUAAUCCAUGAGUGGAGAAUGUGUUGUGUUGGAAAGUGCGCUUAAAACAUCAACUUCCAAUUAUUGCACUUCAUUCGAUGAACUUCUGAAAAGAAUUUCCAAUUUGAGGCAAAACCAGCUUACAUUUGACAAGGAUUUUGAAGUUAUCUCGAAUCAUGAACGGAAGUGGUGUAAGCUUUUUGCCGAUUUUAUUGCUGGAAGCACUUAUUGCAAUGCGAAAAAUUGUGCUGCGCAUAGCGAUGAUAUGCUCUGGUACGUAUCUAUGCAGCAACUCAAUCGAGACUUUUGCAUUGGUCAGGAAGAUGGUCAGCUUCAAGUAUACAGACGUCAAAGUCCUAAUAAACCGGUGCUCAAUGAUCCCUUGAUAAAUUGGGAAGAAACCGUUUGUCUAAACCUCAUCCUUCAACAGUUGGAUUUUCAAGUCACUUGUGCUGUUUGCAUUAAAACCAGUCCGCAGAAUUUGCAGAUUUUGCGUAAAAAUUGCCAACGGGUAUACCCAUCACCAAGUAAACGACGGAUGGAUAGCAAGGGUGAAUGCGAAGAAAUCACUUAUCCAAAAAUCUAUUUCGCGAUAGAUGACUUUGAACAGAUCUUUAGUGAUGUAGUUGUUCGUGAUGGUGAAUGCGUAUGCGUUGAACUGGUAGCGAGGGAUAGGCGCAAAAAUUGUGAAGCAGUUAUUUUUCUUGGUUCAAUUCGAUAUGAAGUUCUGAAGCAAGCGUACGAUUCACGAGCAUCUUUCUCUUGGCAGUGGGCGCAGAAGCUCAUCACUCCCAAUCAGCGACGCCGCGAAUUCGUUCGAAUGAGAGGACCACAUGGGAAAGGGUAUGCAGAAAUGGCGGUCAUGCGUCUUGCAAACUGUGGCUAUGAAACUCCUGUGUCAGAGCAGUCAUUAAAUUUUGAAGAUUUAGGACAGUGCGGGAUGCGACGCAUGUCUGAUACGAAUUUAAGUCAUUAUCCAAAACGAUUGACAAUGACGCCUGGAUUAUCAGAAGGGUAUGAUGCCAGCAGAGGACGACGGUGGCAAAGUGAAACGGACACUCUAAAUCAAUAUCGAGAAGUUGAAGCUAAUAGUAUCGAUGACGUGUUAAAUGAAGGCAUGAUGAGUCGUCUGUGGUCGGUUCGAGGCUUUGGUCAAGCAUGGCACUGGCUUCGAGAGAAGCGACGAGCUGAAAGCAUGCCACUGAAUGCAUUCCUGACGUACAUUACUCUUCCGUGGUCGACUGUCCUUGACGAUUUACUUAUGGAACGACCUCGCCGACCAAUUCUUACUUUUGACCUGGAUAACUUGGAAGUGAAGUCUGACCAGUAAUAUUUAAUGGUUUAAAUUUUUCAGAUAUUGUUUUUGAGAGCUUUUUAUAUGUGAGGUGUUAAUUUAUUCAGUUUUUACUUAUGUAUUAUGAAACACACUUUGUCUUCUCAGAGCUGUCAACGAUGCUGUCUACCUUUUGAUAAGUGAUACAAUCUGAAAUAUCGGGUCUCAG